CGACGGUGUCAUAUUGAUCGACCUGAAUCUAUGCUUUGGUCGGCGCGUUGACUAGCGCGCUUGCCAGUACCCUGAAAACACUUGUACGCUGCAUUUACAGUGUAAUCGCAACCGCAUAUUCGCAUCGUGGCAUUUCGCGAACUGCAUCGUGCUGCAUAUUCUUGUAACCUCGUUAUGUGCGUUUCGCCGUCGCUAUACAUCAGGUGAUAUAGACUCGUCGAUAGACACGCCAGGGUGUCUAAGCUAGAAAGAGACAUCGUUUAAAAACAACGCCAGUGUUGUCACAAGAAAAUCAACAUUUCCAGAUUCCGUGGUUCAAUAAAAGUAUGUGGGAUUCGUGAACACGAUUAGGUACAUGAAUGUGUUAAAUCUGCUUCGAUUUGUUUCACAGAUUCAAAGAAUAUUCGGCUUGAAAUAUACGGUUGGAUCAGCUCGUGCUAAUCGGGCGUUACGCUAUUCAAUGUUUAAGGAAGUUUUGUCAUGACGCGAAGCUAAACAAAGGACAUCCCGCUGCUAUCAGCAUGUGGACGAAUCAUUUGCUAGUGGCGGCAAUUGUACUCGCGGUUGCCACCGUCUGUCAUGCGGAGUGCCAGACUCGUUCCAUUUACUGCUACGAAUGCGAUUCAUGGACAGAUCUCAGAUGCAAAGAUCCUUUCAACUAUACGGCACUACCCAGAGACCAGCCACCGCUGAUGACAUGUAACGGAUGCUGCGUGAAAAUGGUUCGCAAUGCAAAAUCACCGUACGAAAGCGUAAGAAGAACCUGCACCGCGCAGCUACAAAUAAACUUAUUCAUGGUGGACCACGUGUGCAUGAUGGAAAGUACCGGCACUGGUCACAUGUGCUUCUGUGAGGAGGAUAUGUGCAAUCGUGUACCCCCGACCUCGAGUUCAAAUCCCAUACUCCUACUGAUCCUGUCGACCAUCCUUAUUCUGCGUUCGGCAAUCUUAAGAGCCUCCGCUUGCUUUGUAGAACGUUGCAAUAAUCAUAUCGUAUAACAUCAAUUAAUUCGAUCCACCCAUCGCAGUGGUGUUCAAUCAUAUCCUUUGUAGAAAUUUUAGCGAGUCGACAAACCGAUAACACGACCAAUCGUCGGAACGAACGAUUAAAGCCGACUUUGAUCUCGAAGGCUAGGUCCUUCGAGAUAUUGAAGAAAGUAGUCAAAUAAGCAUAUAAGAAUGAUAGACGAUUGACGUGAACGAUUAUCGAUUAACUAUGUGCCUCUUUCAAGCGCAUGUAUCGAGCCAUUAGAUCGCAUAGAAAUUGAAUAUAUUACAUUUGUGUAAUAUAAAAAUUUUAUCAAAGUUUUGCAUAUCUUAAUUAUAAUAGAUACCAUAUGCGUAAUAGAAGAUGAGGAUGUUAUAAGAUGAAUUCGGGUAUAUGUUAAAAGCUGAAGAAAUAUAUAUAUAAAUAGACGUCUGCAAGUAAAAUAUAGUAUUUA